AUGUCUUCAGCAAAACGUACCACGACCGAUCAGGAUGUAUUAGUUGCCGGUAUAUCUGCGAUUAUGGGCGUUCCUCUACAAUUACGAUUAUCUACUCGAAGAUCAUCAGUAGACCAGGAGAAUGUUUCACUAUUAGAUUAUCACGAUAAAACAUAUUCGUAUGGUCAAGUGGGUGAUGGAUCCGCGAAUCAGGCAACAAAUACAAAAAAAGAUUUGAAUACUGCGGUGCGCCAGAUAGAAAUCUAUGCGAAAAUGUCGUCUGGAAAGGAAAUAACAGUUAAUGUAGAUCCAAAUGUAACUGUUGAGCAUGUAACAAACGCGUUACAGAACACGAAUGAGGUACUGUCUAAUGAAGGACGCGUCGUUUUUGCCGGCAAGACAUUGACGAAUGAAAAACGAUUACAUGAGUAUGGAAUACAAGAUAGAUGUACUCUUCAUGUAUUAACUCGCACGCGAGAUGGAGCUCAACUAGUCUUGGACCCUGCCAGCAUGGAUCCACAAUAUGAUCACGACUUUACAAGGAUAAAAGAUAACAAUAGAGUAUUCACAAGGGGAUCAAUGCCUUAUGUUCGACCUUGUGGAUGGAAACGCUUCGCGAUUAAAGUAUCUGACAAAUUUGAAAAUAUGGUUUGGUUGGGUGAUAGUGAUAAAAAUGGUGAAUGGCCUGUAUCAUAUCAUGGAACUGGCUUUCAUCAAGCUCGAACGAUUGCUAUAGACGGCUUUGAAUUAACCAAAGGCAAAACAUUUGCAUUUCAAUACGGUGUAUAUUCAACACCAGAUUUAGAAGUAGCCGAACGGUAUGCUGUCAAAUUCUCACAUGGCAAUAUUCAAUAUUUAAUUAUAUUACAAAACCGUGUGAAUCCUAAGACAUUAUUAAAAGUAUCAAAUAAUCAAACUAAUGUCGAUGAAUACUGGGUAAAUCCUAGUGACAAAGAUGUUCGUCCAUAUGGUAUUUGCAUAAAGAAACUUUGA